AUGGCAGCACGGUCAAUCCGCUUCCCAGAAGGGAAAGAGCUGAAGAAAACCAUGCAAAAAUUUAAAGAUUUAGCAAAGCUUGAGAGAUGCAGAGGAGCUGUGGACGGAACUUUUAUGAAAAUCAAAAAGCUGCAGGUGCAAUUCCCCGACUGCUUCUGGUGUUAUAAGAAGUACUCUGCCAUCAUCAUCCUAGGCACAGUUGAUGCAUGCGGCUUGUUCCUGAAUGUGAAUGCUGAGCAUGCUGGGUCGGCCGGUGACGCUAGUGUUUACGCUUCAUCUCGGCUGGCACGCAAGAUUGGUGAGCGGAAGUGGCUUACGAUCAAGGAGACUGGAACUGAAAAGUUCACGAUCCAAGGCUCGUACAUUCGUCCGUAUCUUGUUGGCGAUUCUGCGUUUCCUUUGUCUGCCACGCUCAUGAAGUGCUAUGAUGACAAUGCGGCCCUGCUUUCCUGGCAGCGGACAUUCAACUAUCGACUAAUCCGUACCAGGCGAGUGGUAGAGCAGGCGUUUGGGAGGCUGAAAGGGCGAUUUAGGGUCCUGGUGCACAAUAACUUGAAUGACUCAGAGUUUGCCAGUCGUGUAGCUAUUGUCUGCUCUGCCAUUCACAAUGUAUGCGAGCGCUGGAGAUGUCCAGUGGAAGCAACAUGGCUCAUCGACGAUGCGACAUACGACAAGUACCAUCCUGGGCCGAACGAUCAGCCCAAUGCGGAGUUUGAUCAGGCUGACUUGAGUAUUCGCAACAAGCUAGCUCAGUACACCCAUCAGCAACAUCCCAUCGCAUGA